AUGGCACCAGCUGUGGCCUGGCUCCUUUUCCUCCAGCUUGUUCUAGAGCCAACUCUGGUCAUGGACAUGAAGCUGCAGCUCGCCAUCAAGAACUUCCGCAUCUUGCAUGUUGACUAUCCCAGGGUUAGGUACCCAAAGGGUUUCCAUGGCUACUGUAAUGGUCUUAUGGCUUAUGUGCGGGGCAGGAUGCAAGAUUGGUAUUGCCCAAAGAUCCAUUAUGUGGUACAUGCCCCCUGGAAAGCCAUCCACAAGUUUUGCAAGUAUAGUGAGAGUUUCUGUGAGAAUUACAAUGAAUACUGCACGCUCACCCAGGGCUCCUUACCUCUCACAGUCUGCACUCUAGACCCUAAUCAGCCACCAACCAGCUGCCGCUACAAAACCACCCUAACUAACCAAAGGCUCUACCUGCUCUGCUCCCGCAAAUAUGACGCUGAACCAGUAGGAAUCAUUGGCCUCUAUUAG